AUGGGUUAUGAAUGUUCAAUCUCGAUUACGACUAAAAUCGAACUGCAAAGUGUUCUCGAAUUGCCGUUAUCGGAUGAGAAAUUCGACUUUUUGUGCGAUAAAAAGAUUCGCGAAAGUGGUAUUCGAAUGGUGUCGGGCGUUAAUGAGUCGGAACAGUUGUGCGAGAUUACGUUGGGACGACUGGCGGUGGCCACAGCGUUUGGCCCGUUUCGCGAUGGUUUUGAUGACAUUGAGCCAACGAAAGUCAAGAAUAUAGUGAGUGAAUUGAUUAGUGGAUGA